AUGGCGCUGGCCACCAACUCCGCCGCCGCCGCCGCCGCCGCCGCAGCGGCCGUAUCCGGCGGCACGGCAUCCCAGCCGCGCCGCGCGGCCGCGUUCCUCCCGCUGAAGAGGCGCACCAUCUCCGCCAUCCACGCCGCCGACCCGUCCAAGAACAACGGGCCCGCCGUCCCCGCGGCCGCCGCUGCCAAGUCCUCCGCCUCGGCGGUGGCCACGCCGGAGAAGAAGCCGGCGGCUCCGGGGAAGUGGGCGGUCGACAGCUGGAAGUCGAAGAAGGCGCUGCAGCUCCCCGAGUACCCGAACCAGGAGGAGCUGGACACGGUGCUCAAGACCAUCGAGACGUUCCCGCCGGUCGUGUUCGCCGGUGAGGCGCGCCACCUCGAGGAGCGCAUGGCCGAGGCCGCCAUGGGCCGCGCCUUCGUCCUCCAGGGCGGUGACUGCGCCGAGAGCUUCAAGGAGUUCCACGCCAACAACAUCCGUGACACCUUCCGUAUCCUGCUCCAGAUGGGCGCCGUGCUCAUGUUCGGUGGUCAGGUGCCGGUCGUCAAGGUGGGGAGGAUGGCUGGCCAGUUCGCCAAGCCAAGGUCCGAAUCAUUCGAGGAGAGGGACGGCGUUAAGCUGCCGAGCUACAGGGGCGACAACGUCAACGGCGACGACUUCACGGAGAAGAGCCGCGUGCCGGACCCGCAGAGGAUGAUCCGCGCCUACGCGCAAUCGGUGGCGACACUCAACCUGCUCCGCGCGUUCGCGACCGGAGGGUAUGCUGCCAUGCAGCGCGUCACACAAUGGAACCUCGAUUUCAUGGAUCACAGGGAGCAAGGUGAUAGGUACUGUGAAUUGGCCCAUAGGGUGGAUGAGGCUCUUGGGUUCAUGACUGCAGCAGGACUUACUGUUGACCACCCGAUAAUGACGACUACUGACUUCUGGACCUCGCACGAGUGCCUUCUCUUACCCUACGAGCAGGCUCUUACCCGUGAGGACUCCACCAGUGGCCUUUUCUAUGAUUGUUCAGCCCACAUGUUGUGGGUUGGUGAGCGCACUCGUCAACUUGAUGGAGCUCAUGUUGAAUUCCUCCGUGGUGUGGCCAACCCUCUUGGCAUAAAGGUGAGUGACAAAAUGAAUCCCAGUGACUUGGUGAAGCUGAUUGAGAUUCUGAACCCUUCAAACAAACCCGGAAGGAUCACCAUAAUUACAAGGAUGGGGGCAGAGAACAUGAGAGUGAAGUUGCCUCAUCUAAUUCGUGCUGUCCGCAAUGCUGGAUUGAUUGUCACAUGGAUUACUGAUCCUAUGCAUGGAAACACCAUAAAGGCCCCUUGUGGCUUGAAGACUCGUCCUUUUGACUCCAUUCUGGCUGAAGUGCGCGCAUUCUUCGACGUGCAUGACCAAGAAGGAAGUCACCCAGGAGGCAUCCACCUUGAAAUGACUGGGCAGAACGUGACCGAGUGCAUUGGUGGAUCACGGACUGUGACCUUCGAUGACCUGAGCGACCGCUACCACACCCACUGUGACCCAAGGCUGAACGCCUCCCAGUCCCUAGAGCUCGCCUUCAUCAUUGCAGAGAGGCUCAGGAAGAGGAGGAUGCGGUCGGGGCUCAACAACAGCCUGCCACUGCCACCACUAGCUUUCUAA